UCAGCCCCGGAAGUGGCUCCCGGGGCUCGCGGCGGUGCCGCGGGGAGGGCGGGUGCGGGAGUGGGGGCGGGAGCUCGCGGCGGAGCGGCAGCGGGGGUCGAGGCCCGGGCUCGCGAUCCGCCGCCCGCACACCGCGCACAUCCACGCCACCCUCGGCCCGCUGCGCAGCCAUCGGCUCGCAGGAUGGACGGCGCGUCCGGGGGCCUGGGCUCCGGGGACAACACCCCGACCACCGAGGCACUUUUCGUGGCACUGGGCGCGGGCGUGACGGCACUCAGCCACCCGCUGCUCUACGUGAAGCUGCUCAUCCAGGUGGGUCAUGAGCCGAUGCCCCCCACCCUUGGGACCAAUGUGCUGGGGAGGAAGGUCCUCUAUCUGCCGAGCUUCUUCACCUACGCCAAGUACAUUGUACAAGUGGAUGGGAAGAUAGGGCUGUUCCGAGGUCUGAGCCCCCGACUGAUGUCCAACGCCCUCUCCACUGUGACCAGGGGCAGCAUGAAGAAGGUUUUCCCUCCGGAUGAGAUUGAGCAGGUUUCCAACAAGGAUGAUAUGAAGACUUCUCUGAAGAAAGUCGUGAAGGAGACCUCCUACGAGAUGAUGAUGCAGUGUGUGUCCCGCAUGCUGGCCCACCCCCUGCAUGUCAUCUCAAUGCGCUGCAUGGUCCAGUUUGUGGGACGGGAGGCCAAGUACAGCGGCGUGCUGAGCUCCAUUGGGAAGAUUUUCAAAGAGGAGGGGCUGCUGGGAUUCUUCGUCGGCUUAAUCCCUCACCUCCUGGGCGAUGUGGUUUUCUUAUGGGGCUGUAACCUGCUGGCCCACUUCAUCAAUGCCUACCUGGUGGAUGACAGCGUGAGUGACACCCCAGGGGGGCUGGGAAACGACCAGAAUCCAGGUUCCCAGUUCAGCCAGGCCCUGGCCAUCCGGAGCUACACCAAGUUUGUGAUGGGGAUUGCAGUGAGCAUGCUGACCUACCCCUUCCUGUUGGUCGGUGAUCUCAUGGCUGUCAACAACUGCGGGCUGCAGGCUGGGCUCCCCCCUUACUCCCCAGUGUUCAAAUCCUGGAUUCACUGCUGGAAGUACCUGAGUGUGCAGGGCCAGCUCUUCCGUGGCUCCAGCCUGCUUUUCCGCCGGGUGUCAUCAGGAUCGUGUUUUGCCCUGGAGUAACCUGAAUCACCUAUAAAAACGCUGUCUCAGCCUGGCCACCGUGGGUGAGGCCUGAUCAUCUCUGGACAACUGCAAGAUGACUCCAACCCAGCAACACCUAGAUGUGCUCCAGCCCAGCUGGGCUUCAGUUUCCAUAUUUGCCAUGUGUCUGUCUGUCCAGAUGUGGGGUCAGACAGGGGUGGAGCUCCACCCAGUGGAUUGGGUCACCUGUUAGACCUGGGAAAAAUAGGGUGGGGUUGGGGAAUUGGGGAAGAAUCCCCUUAUUUCCCAUAUUUGCUGAGUCUGCCUUGUGCAGGGUGCCAGAGAACAGCUUGUGGAAGCCCAGGUUUGAUGGGGAAAGGCCUGUGGGGUCAGAUCUCACCCCCUCACACCUGUCCCUUCAGCCCACCUCUCAUCCUGCAGCUCAGCUGGGAGCAUCACUCUCCUGCUUUGUAAGUAGGGCACUCCUUUCACCAGGCCACCAUCAUGUCUAGGCCUGUGCUAGGAGGCUAAUGCUGGGUUCUGCCUUCAUUUUUCUCAACACUACUUUUCUGAUAGGAAGGCAGCACCUUCUUCUGAAUGGGAAAUCACGUGACUACUUAGAAUACGUCCCCCUCAUCUAAUGAUCAUCUGUUUAAUGGUGACACUUCAAGUGCAGGAUCUGGUUACCUGUGCAGUUGUGAAUACCCAGAAGUUAGGCAGAUCAGUGUCUCUAGUCCUACCCAGUUCAUGGUAAGAUUUGACCCUGUCUCCCUCAAAUAAAUGUAUUGGUGGUGGUUUGGA